AUGGAAUAAAUUGAUAAAUUAACAAGCUAUCAAAGCGAAUAAAAUGAUUAGAACGAACAGUAGCACGAACAAGAAGAAUAUGAUUAUAGGGAUAUCAUUUCUAAAAAGAAAGAAAACUAUAGAGUAGAAAUUAGAAAAAAGAAAAUGAAUGAAUUAUUAGCUAAGUCGAGAAGUAAACCAAUUUUAGCAAUUAAUAAAGAAUUUGUGCAUAGGACUACUUUCAACAAUUAAGAAGAUAGAAUGUUAUAUGUUUAGCAAUUAUUAAAUUCUAUUCAAGCAUCAUUAUAGCAGGCUAGAAUUGAGUUAAACGAAUAGCUCAUUGAACAAAUGAAUGAUUAUUGUACAUAUAUUAUAGAAACUGUCAUAGAUAUAAAAUCUAACGACUAAUACCUUAUUGAGUAGACAUUAAAACUUGGCACUAUUGAUGUGAUACUACCUAUUUUAGAAGAAGAAAUUUUUAAAGAAUUUAUUUAUUUACAAAGCAAUGUAUAUAACUUAUUAGGAUCUCUCUUCUAUGCAGAUAACUAAAUUCUUUAAAGUUAUAUCAAUAACAGAGUAGUCAAUGUUGUGCUAAAUUCACUUGUAUCAAACGAAUCUACUAUAAUAGAAUAUGGAUUGUUUAUGACAGGAAACUUAAUUUCAGGAAACAAGAAAUUAAAAGAAAUGCUAUAUGAGCAAAAUUUAAUUGAUAUUUUAUUCUAAAUUCAUUCUCUCGAUAAGCUUAAUACAGAUAAUUAUGGAUAAUUAUACUAUGAAGGAAUCAAAGAUUACAUAUGGCUAAUAUCUGUUUUUCUAGAAAAAAAUUAAGGAAAAUUUAAGAGCAAAAUAUGCACAAAAGAUUUUAAAAAGCUUAUAGAAAUAAGUUUCGAUUUAGCUUGUGAUGAAAAGUUUUAUGAAUCAUAGGACGUUAAAACAACAAGAAAUCUUGUUCUUAAUAUUUUAGAUUCUGUAAACACUUAAGAUGCACUUAUUAGUUAUUUCUAUUAGCUGCAAAAAAUAAAAAAUGUCAAUUUGAUAGAAAGAUUCUUAUUUAUUAUGAAUAAUUGCUCAAAAUUUGAUAUUAUUGUUGUUUAAAUAAUAUCUAGAUUUAUAUUUAACGUAAUCGCUGGACCUGAUGAGUUCUGUGAAGAUCUGCUUAAUUAAAAUAUCUUAGAUGCCUUUAAACUCUUAUAUGAAUAUUAUAGAGAUAGUCAUAUAUUUAAAGCAGAAAUAGCUUGGUCAGUCAGUAAUAUUUGCACUAAUUCAAAAUACAUAGAAUAUGUCAUGGACCAUCCAAUAUAUAAAUUAUUUUUAGAUACUUUUGAUUAUUAAAGCAGUGAUGUAAAAAGAGAAAUUCUGUAUGUGGCAAUAUAAGUUUUUAAGGGAGGAAAUCAUAAUUAAAUGAAAAAAAUUAUUUCAAGUGAUUUUAUGGGAAAAUAUAUCAGGUCUAUGAAUACAUAAGAUACAAGAUUAAUCCUAGGUCUUUUGGAAGGAAUUGACUAUUUAUUGCAUUCAUUUGCUUAAAUUUUUACAGCUGAUGGUGAGAAUGUCAUCCUUAGUUCAUUAGAGAAAUACAAUUUGUCUGGAAUGCUUUAAGAAUUAUAGAGCCAUAAAAGUGAAUCUGUUUAUAGUUCUGUAGCAAAAAUAAUCUAAAAUCAUUUCUAGUACUCUGACUGA